GAGUCUCUCAACCAAUGAACAGUUUCAUCGCUCUGAAUGAAACCGGAGUAACGGGACGCGUCUCUGUGUAGGUUGCAAACCUAGCAGUGUAUGCUAUCUAACGCUCCGUGUUUACAGAUUUGCUCACGAUAUAACCGUUAAGAAAGAUGCAGUUCAUGCUGCUGUUUAGUCGGCAGGGCAAGCUGCGCUUGCAGAAGUGGUAUGUUGCGCUGUCCGACUCCCAAAAGAAGAAGAUCUCCCGUGAGGUCAUCCAGAUGGUGCUGGCCCGCAAACCUAAAAUGUGCAGCUUUCUGGAGUGGAGAGACUUAAAAAUUGUCUACAAGAGAUAUGCCAGUCUGUAUUUCUGCUGUGCUGUAGAAGACCAAGAGAAUGAACUGAUAACCCUCGAGAUCAUCCACAGAUACGUCGAGCUGCUGGACAAGUAUUUCGGCAGUGUAUGCGAGCUGGACAUCAUCUUCAACUUUGAGAAGGCAUACUACAUCUUGGAUGAGUUUAUACUGGGUGGGGAAGCUCAGGAGACGUCAAAAAAGAUUGUAUUGAAGGCCAUUGAACAGGCAGAUAUGUUGCAAGAGGAAGCAGAAGCACCGCGCAGUGUACUGGAGGAGAUUGGACUCACAUAAAACUCCAGAAGUCUGCAAAAGAAGAAGUACCACUUUCUCAUCUUCUGCCUUUUCAGUAUACGUGUGUCGAUCUUCUAAUGACGUCACACAAAAACCACAGUACCUGCAUUUAGGGGAAUAUGCAACUCGUUUUUUAUUAUUAUUAUUUUUUCCAGUAUUCUUCGAUUAAUCCAUUUUCACUUGCCUUCAGUUCUGAUAUUGAACAGCAGAGCACUCUGUGGAUCCAGAACACUAAAUCUGCUCGUUAUAUUAUGAGAAAUAAUUUUCCUGACCUCACUUUGUCUCCCUCACUGCCUUGAGACGCACGUUCACAAUUGGGUUAUUAACAUUUCAGCUUAAAUUUUUACUGGGUAUGAACUAGGUGUGUCUGUCUAGGUCACAUUAGUACGAAAUACUCCUUUUUUUUUUUUUUUCUUUUUGCGAUCAAAUAACAUUUAAGUGGAAAGAUAGAUCGUAAUUAUGAUGGCACACAAAGUGUUUACUUAUUAGCAGACUGUAUUCUGUGAAAUAAAAGUUACUCGCGUCAGUAUUAGAGAAAGUUCUACCGAUCAACACUGUAAAUGUCGACCACGUAACGUCAGGAUCACGGAUACGCACGUUCGAUCCCCUGAUAUGCUAAAUAUGUGUUGUCAAGGUGUUUCAUGAAUAAUUGCUGACUUAGAAGGGUAUCCUAGUACCCUCGCGCAAACGUUCGCUCGACUUGUGACAGACGACGCCUAUUCUUGCUUCUUGUCCACUGUUCAACACGGCACCGUUAUUGAGACUGUACACCGAUCUUUAAGAUAAAAUGCUUAAUUGUUACAUAAAAAGAAAUUAGGGUUAUUCCUCCUGGACUGUGUUGUGUCCUGUAGUGCCAGGCUAACUGGUACUUCAUAAAAUGUUUCCUGCGUUUCAGUUUAUUUUCACUACCAAAGAAUUUACCUUUCUCCUGUCUUGUUCGUAUCGCUAAUUUCUUGAUGACACUGUGGUUCACUGCCUAGACCUAUCUCUUUGGUGGGGAGGGUGAUAUAAAGGUCCUCCAAAAUAAAAUGCAAUGUUGUGUCAACAAGAACCUCUAUCACUUUUUUUCACAUCUUCAUAAAUGGUUCUAUUUUGUACCACAGUCCGUAAUAACCAAUCGCCGAUGUUUUGUUUUGAUUCAUCGAACACCGUGGAUUUGAAAUCAAAGGUGUUUUCCAGGCAUUUUUCGAAUCUUCAGCUGUCUGGUUUGGCCGAGCCCGUGUCUGCUGUAGCCUCAGAUUCCUGUUCUUGGCUGACAGGAGUGGAACCUGAUGGUGGCGUCUCCCGCUGUUCCAUCUCAUCCACCUUAAGGUUCGAUGUCUUGUGUGUUGAGAUGCUUUUCUGUUGUAAAGAGUGUCUGUUUUAAGUUACCGUAGCCUUCGUCAGAUCACACCGGUCCGGCCAUUCUCCUGGGAUUGCUCUCACAAGCAAGGCGUUUCCGCUCGCCACGUGGUUUUUGCUUUCUGCACCACUCCGUGUAAACUCUAGAGACUGUUGUGUGUG